AAAUUCCAAUUUGUGGAUUUGAGGCUUGUGAUCUUUAUGGCAAUGGAGCGCCUACCAGUUGAAGUCAUCGGAAAGAUUCUGUCUCGGCUUGGAGGUGCUCGGGAUGUGGUGAUUGCCUCUGCCACAUGUCGGAAAUGGCGAGAAGCUAGUCGGAAACACCUUCACACCCUUGCAUUCAACUCUAAUGAUUUGCCUCCUUAUCGUGACAUCUCGCCUAGACAAUUAGAGAUCCUGAUUACUCAAACGAUUUUCCAAACUGUUGGAUUGCAAGGCCUAUCGAUUUUGAUCGAUGAUGUCGAUGAGUUCUCGGCUUCAACUGUUAUUGCUUGGCUCAUGUAUACUAGGGAGACGUUGCACCGACUGUUCUACAAUGUCCGAACCAGUCCAAAUGUUAACAUCCUUGAGAUCUGUGGGAAGCAAAAGCUGGAAACUUUGGCACUGGCCAACAAUUCGAUAACAGGGGUUGAACCUAAUUUUCAGAGAUUCCUUUGUUUGAAGUCCCUUUCUUUGAGUCAUGUUAGUAUUUCGGCUUUGGAUUUGAGCCUUUUGCUCACUGCAUGUCCGAUGCUUGAGAGCCUGGAGCUUGUGAAUCCAGAUAUAGCAAUGUCUGAUGCUCAAGUGUCAGUGGAAUUGUGCAGCCAAACGUUGAGGAGUAUUUAUGUUGAAGCAAUUAGUUUGGAUAAAUUUAUACUCGAGGCUGACAAUAUCGAGCGCCUGCACUUGAAGGAUUGCGCCCUCGAACUUUUCGAACUGAUUGGGAAAGGCACUUUGAAAUAUUUCAAGAUUGAUGAUGUUAGUGUGAUACAUCUUGACAUUGGUGAGUUCAUGUUUGAUCUCGAGGUAGUUGACAUCAGUAACUUCACAAUCGUAUGGCCAAAACUCUACCAGAUGAUUUCGAGGUCCUCGAGAUUGAAGAAGCUUCGACUUUGGGAUGUGGCCUUCGAUGAUGAAGACGAGGUCGUGGACUUGGAAACAAUUGCCGAUUGUUUUCCGGAAUUGAAACAUCUUGCAUUAAGUUAUGAAUUGAAAGAUGGAGUAAUGCAAGAUGGUACUAAUUUAGAGAACGUUAUGGUGUUGGAGCUGGGAUGGACUGUGAUUACCGAUAUCUUCUCGCAUUGGGUCGAGGAGCUGCUAAUACGGUGUCCGAAUCUUCGAAAAAUGAUUAUUUUCGGGUCUGUCUCCGAAGCCAAGUCGCUUGAAGAAUGCCAAAUAUUGGCUAAUUUCACCUCAUCUAUUGUUGGGUUGAUGAGGAAAUAUAUGAACGUAGAGGUGCAGUUUGAAUUUGAGUAA